AUGGAAGGUGCCAACCUCAGCGGGGUCUCUGAGUUCCUGCUGCUGGGCCUGUCACAGGACUCCAGCCAGCAGGAGCUGCUCUUUUCUCUCUUCCUAAGCAUGUACCUUCUCACAGGCCUGGGGAACCUGCUCAUCAUCCUGGCUAUUGCCACCGAUCCCAGGCUCCACACGCCCAUGUACUUCUUCCUGGCCAACCUGGCCUUUGUAGACAUCUGCUUCACCUCCACCACCAUCCCCAAGAUGCUGGCCAACCACAUGUCAGGACACAAAAGCAUCUCUUACUCUGGUUGUCUCACACAGAUGUUCUUCUUCAUCUGGUUUGCCGGCAUCGACAGCUUCCUGCUGACCGCCAUGGCCUAUGACCGAUACGUGGCCAUCUGUCACCCUCUGCAUUACACUACAUCCAUCACACCCUGCCUCUGUGGCCUCCUGGUCGCUGCCUCCUGGACCUCGGCCUUUGCAAAUGCCCUGACCCACACAGUCUUGCUGCCUCGCCUCUCAUUCUGUGCCCGCAACCAGAUCCCCCACUUCUUCUGUGACCUCAGCUCACUGCUGAAGCUGGCCUGUUCAGACACGUCUCUCAACGACACCAUGGUGUACACUGUGGGUGCACUGCCCAUCAUCCCCACCUUCGUGGGCAUCCUCAUCUCCUACAUGCGCAUCUUCGCAGCAGUGCUGAAGAUCCCAUCUGCGGGAGGGAAGCGGAAGGCAUUCUCCACCUGUGGCUCCCAUCUGUCUGUGGUGUCACUGUUCUAUGGGACACUCAUCGGGGUGUACUUCAACCCCACAUCCUCCCACACAGCCCAGAAGGAUACGGCAGCUGCGGUGAUGUACACUGUGGUCACCCCCAUGCUGAACCCCUUCAUCUAUACCCUGAGGAACAAGGACAUGAAAGGUGCCCUGGGGACCCUUAUCGGAAGGAAGACAGUCUUUGUUGGGUAACCACAAGGUUGGGAGUUCUUCAGAAGGGUGGAAGUUAAGCCCCUUUGGCUUGAAUUGCCCAGACAUUCAUCUCAUGGCUUUAAUUCACCAAUUAUUUUAUUCUCCCAAAGUUGUUUACAAAACAGUCAUUUGCUUUUCUCUCUCUCUCUCUCUCUCUCUCUCUCUC